AGGGUGAAUAAAUGACAAGAGAAUUUAUUUAAUAGGUGAAAUGUUUCUUUAAAUUUACUGACUGAUGUGAAUGAUGAAAUGAUUAAAUGAUGAAACAGAAACUUUACUCCUCAUGCACCUAAGCAUUAUUCCCUUUGCCAGAGGCUGUCAGUUUAUAUGCAAAUCGCGUGACUUUCUGGGUAUAGAAACUGUUUGCAUUGCAACUCCCUCUUUGUUUGUAGCUGCUUCAGACUUCAGAUAACAUCAAUUUAGAUUGUUGGUUAGAUAUUUUGUAAGAUAUAUUUAUUGAGAUCAGCAUACAUUUAAAAUUAGCAUAAGUUUCAAAGUUUAGAGGGCUGCAAUAUGAGGCAGUAUAAGUUUCAGUGUGACAUUCAGGCUUGAACAGAUUCCAGUGAUACUUCAACAGUGAAAUCAUCAUGGAUGAAGAUCCUUCAGUGACGCAUUAAAAUUCAGAUGUUAUGGAUGCAUACUAUGGAAAACAGUCCCUGUGAUACAGUACAGAGAUAAACGACUGUAAAGAUAAAACUCAAGAAGACCUUGCCGAAUCUGAAAUGCAGCCAAUGUCAGCUCCAUUAUCAUCGCGCAUAAAAAAGCAAAGAUCAUAACACCACAAUAAACACAAUGACAGCCACAUAUCAAGCUGCUAGAGUACACAAGGUUAAUGUUAAACCACCAAAGCAAAGGGAUGAACUAUAUGAGUGUGAAUCUGUGAUAAGUGAUAAUUCAUCUCAAUAUAGCACAGAUUCCAGCCUCCCUAAUUUCACCAUUGUAUUAUUUGGAAACUCUGCGGCAGUCCAGUUUGGAUGCGACAACAUUUUGCUCGGGGUCAUGACUGCUUCAAUAAAGAGGAAGAUAUUAGACAAUCAUGUGUCAGUGAUCAACAUGAUCGGCUUACAUGACACUAAUCUGAACCCUUCUGGUCAUGUUAUCAGCAAGCUUGUGAAUGAAAAUGAAAUCCAUGCCUUCAUCUAUGUUGUCCGUUUGGGUCAGCUAACAGAUGCCGAUAUGAUGGGCAUUGAAUGGCUACAGCGAAUGUUUGGUGACAAAGUUCUUUCAUUUGCGAUGAUUCUCUUCACUUAUGAGAAAGAGGAGGAAAGUAUCAUAGAUAAACUGAAGAAAAACCCUGUACAGGAGAAGCUGAUUAAGAAAUGUGGACGAAAAUAUCACAUCUGCAGCAAGAAUAUGAACAAACAGUCAGAGAUGAGAGGAUUGAUGGACUGGAUAAAACGUCUGUUUAAUGACAAUAAAGAGCAGUGCUACACUACUGAGAUGUACAACAAAGUUUUAAGAUACCCACAAAACAGUGAAAAUCAAACUGGUCCAGAAGCUAACAGAAGCACUAGAUCACAACUUUUGGCAAGCUCUGCCCAACCUAAGAACGGCGACAGACAAAGGACCUUUCCUCACCAGAGCGGGAAGCUGUGGAGGAGUUGUGGCCCGGCAUUCGUACCAGGCGGUACAGCGUGCCUCACAUCACCCAGGCUCCAGACACCCGGAGACGACCGAGGCACGCAACGAGCGAGCACCCAUCUCGAUGCAGCUUCACGGACCGCGUUCGGGCGAACGGAGACGCCAUCGCCUAGCAUGAAAACGACCUUUCCUCACCAGAGCGGGAAGCUGUGGAGGAGUUGUGGCCCGGCAUUCGUACCAGAAGGUACAGCGUGCCUCACAUCACCCAGGCUCCAGACACCCGGAGACGACCGAGGCACGCAACGCGCGAGCACCCAUCUCGAUGCAGCUUCACGGACCGCGUUCGGGCGAACGGAGACGCCAUCGCCCAGCAUGAAAACGCUAUGUGCAGAGCAGCUGAUGGGCAGACUUCAUCUGAAAGGAAAACAUCACAAACUAAAAACAACUGAUUUUCUUCAGCUAACUGAACACUCACAGUCCCAUGAGAUCUGUGCAGAGGAAACGUUUGCUCAGAGUUUUCUACAAAAGUUACUGAUGAUGGACUACAGAGCAAGAUGCAUCAAAAGUGAAUAUAACAAUGAACAGAAUCACACACAACAAACAGAAAAUGAGCUGUCUGAAGAUUUGGAAGAUGCUUUUAAUGCUAUUUUUGAUGAAACAACUAGACCUGCUGAAGACUUUAACAAAUUAGAGCCAAUUCACUUAAUGGACGCUCAGAUGGUUGUGUUUUAUUGUGCUGAUAGUUUUCUAAAGCAGCUCAUGGUCACUAAACUCUCACAGUGUCAGCUUGCUCUUCCUCUGCUUGUACCAAAUCCAUUCACACAGAAGAUUGAGUUUCCUCUCUGGACAUUCAGACAAAUCAACAAGAGCUGGAAGACGAUUAAUGAUAAAGGUCAAACCUUUAGCAAAUCCCAGCAGGUCUACAAGGCAGAAACACCAAUGGUGGCUUUCUUCAGGUUUGAUUCUGUGUCUUCAUCCAAGUCUCAGCUGAUGAACAAUUUGAUCAAUGAGAAACACAACACGUUCUUCCACAGGAACUGUCCAGGCAGCAGCAGAUCCAGAGUACUGAUGGAUGGGGUGGUGGAGAUCGCCUGGUACUGCCCAUCUGGAGAAAAAACUGAUAAAUUUCCUGACUGUGUGGCAUUCUGUAAUCUUCAUGGUAAUGCCGGAGAAAAUGAGAAACAACUGAAUAUUUUAACUCAGAUGGCUUCUGUAAAUGUUGUUAUUUUACCUCAACUAAACAGAAAUGACAACAGCAUGACAAAGAUCCAAAACCUCUACACAGACUCAAAGCCGCUCAUUUGCCUUCUUACUGAGAGUGAUUCAGCUCUUAAAGAAAUAAGGAAAGGUAAAACAUACAAAAUGGGAUUGAAAGACAGAAAUCAGUCAGAUGUAAUUGAAGAACUCAGAAGAGCUGUAAAUAAUGGACUCUCAUCUUCAGACUCAUCUUUUCUAUUCAAGCUUGAAGAUGUUGCAGAUAAAUCACACCUCAUAGUAGAUGAAAAGAUUGAUUAUGAUUGCAGGAAAGGAAAAGACGCAGCACAGAAAAUGAUGAGUUUACUGAAGAAUAAAGAUCUGACCAAAAUCAAAGAAUUAUUUCUGCCGUGUCAGGGAAAACUGUGGCAUCAGUGGUGUCAGAAGAAUAAAGAACUACAUCGACCUACACUGGGUGAAAUACAAAAGAGUGAUAACAUAGAAAAAAACCAAAGCUAUAAAAAAUCAGAAAUGCUUAAAAUUCGUGAACUGCAGCACACAUCUGUAUUAAGUGAAUUUAUACAAAUUUUCAUUCAAGAACUGAAUUCAAAAGAAAAAAAUGAGAUGACAUAUUUUCUUAAGUGGAUUGGGAUCCUACUAGAUGACUUCACCACUGAAACUCUUUCAACUCUUCAUCAUGAGUAUGAUAAAAAGUGGUCAUCAGUCUUAGAUCUUAAAAAGAAAUCUGAUAAAUCUCAACAACUGGCAGCUGAACAAGAUGAACUUGAAAGAAUAUCUGAGAAACUACAAGCUGCAACCUUUGGUUUGGAGCACAUACUGAGAGAGAUCGGUCAGAUAUAUGAAUCAUGUUCAUCUAUGAAGAAGAACAAGAAAAACCUAAAUCUUGACUUCUCUUCUCUUCCGGGUCUUGCAGCAGAGAUGAUGAUGUCUGGAUUUCCACUGGAGCUGAUGGAUGGAGAUGCUGCUCAUGUUCCUCUGAUCUGGGUUACUGCUGUUUUAGAUGAACUCAUCAACAAACUGGAAGACAAGAGAGUCUUUGUGUUGUCAGUUUUAGGGAUUCAGAGCUCUGGGAAAUCUACCAUGUUGAAUGCAAUGUUUGGUCUGCAGUUUGCUGUCAGUGCUGGUCGGUGCACUAGAGGAGCGUUCAUGCAGCUGGUCAGAGUUUCAGAUGAGAUGAAAGAUCAGCUGAAGUUUGAUUAUAUUCUGGUUGUUGAUAGAGGUCUUCGUGCUCUAGAGCUUGAGGGAAGAUCAACAAGAAAUCAUGAUAAUGAAAUGGCCACAUUUGUUGUUGGUCUUGGAAAUAUGACAUUGAUCAACAUCUUUGGAGAAAACACUGCAGAGAUGCAGGACAUCCUUCAGAUUGUUGUUCAGGCCUUCAUGAGAAUGAAGAAGAUCAAACUGAAUCCCAGCUGCAUGUUUGUGCAUCAGAAUGUUUCUGACAUCUCAGCCGGAGAAAAAAACAUGGAAGGAAGAAGACGACUUCAGGAGAAACUGGAUGAGAUGACAAAACUUGCUGCUAAAGAGGAAGAUUGUAAUACACAGUUUUUCAGUGAAGUCAUAGAAUUUGAUGUACAGAAUGAUGUGAAGUAUUUUUCACAGCUUUGGGAGGGAAGUCCACCUAUGGCACCACCAAACCCAAACUACAGCAGAAACAUUCAGGAGUUGAAGAACACCAUUAUCUCAAAAGCAUCAAGAUCGAGCGGCAUUAUGCUGUCACAGUUCAAAACUCGCAUUAAUGAUCUUUGGAGUGCACUGCUGAAUGAAAACUUUGUGUUCAGCUUUAAAAACACACUGGAGAUUGCUGUAUACAGAAGACUGGAAACUAAGUAUAGUGACUGGACUUGGAGCCUCAGGAGUGCCAUGUUGAGUAUUGAAGAAAAGUUUUACAACAGAAUUGCAAAUGGAAACAGUGACGUUCAGAAAACUGACCUGCUGGCUAAAAUGAGGACAACAAAAGAAGAAGUAGAAAAAUCAAUGAAGUCUUAUUUUGAUGAGGACAGAGACAAAGACAUUUUGUGUCAAUGGAGAGGAAGAUUUGAAACCAGAAUUCAAGAUCUUCAUGAUGACCUGGUGAAGGGAACAAAAAGAAAGUUGGAUGAAGCAAUUGAACAAAAGAAGGCCAAACAGAAGAUUGACCAAAAACUUGCAGAGUAUGAAAAUAUGCUUUUCUUUCGCAGCAAAGAACUCGCUUUGAGUCUGAAACACAGAGGAACAGAUGAGCACGUAUUGAAAAAAGAAUUUGACACAAUGUGGAGUAAAUGGGUCACAGAGAUGACCAAAGAUAUUCCUCCAGUAAAAGACAUUCAUUUUUGGGAGGAUGUCACUCAGAUUUUAUCUGAAAACAAUGAAUUGACUCUUGUAAAUGAGCGACUAAAUCUACCAGACUUCAAACAGAUACUGAUCAGAGGUGGUUAUGAUGACUACAUUGUAUUACAGAAGCAUCAAGAGCAUUCAGAUGAGACUACGUCUUCAGAGGAAGCUGAAGAUAGCUCUGAGAAAAGCCAGAGUGGGAUAUUUGAGUGGCUUGUGUAUCCAGCAAAAAACGUGUUUACUUCUUUCUUUCCAUGGAAUAGAAAGCUAAAGAAUCAGACCCUGAAUGCUGAGUAUCAUGACUCUGUAAGGCAACUGAUUAAAAAAAUUAUUAGUGAAACUGAAAACAUAAUGAAGAAAUCACCAGUCAAAAGACAGGGCUACAAUGUCAGCUACAUCCAAGAGAUAACAGACUGUGUUAAGAAGUCAGUAAAGCAACAUCAAUCAGAGAAAAGAAACUACUCUCUGAAAAAGGAGUUUAUUAUAGAUCUCUGUCUCUAUGUUUGUGACAUUGCAAGUGAUAAAUUUACUGAAUGCCACAAGAAAUUCAAGGAAGCAAAUGAUCUGGGAAUUUAUCUUGAGAAGCAAAAAACUCAAUAUUACAACGUCUUCAAGAACUACUGCAGAGGAGCAACAACAACAACCAUACUGAUCGACUUUAUCUGCAGCAAACUUGAACCGUCCAUCCUACAAGAAGUUUAUAACAAAACUGCUAUUGAUGUUGCAGCACAGAUGAGGACAGACAUACAAUCAUUACGUGAAAACAGAUCCAAUCUGGAAAAACACAUUCUGAAAUCCCUUGCAGAAAAAGAGGACUUUGAGCAAUACAAACAAUACAUCCAUCAACCCAAAAAACACUUCAAACAAUUCAUAAAAAAUGAAGUAGACAAAUACUUUACUCAACAAAGCAAAAUAAUUCUAAACGUUUUCAAAGGAAAUCUUGAACAAAAAGGGCAAAUUGUGAGUAAUGCAGUGCAUGCAGUGACAGUAGAGGUCAAAAAUAAGAGAGGAGAUGGCAACAUGUGGUUCACAAGUUUCACCAAAACACUCACAGAUGAGCUGAAAUUCACAGGUGAGUCAUGUGUUGAUCUCACAGAAAUUGAAGACUUGGAUUUUCUUGGGAAACAUUUGAGCGAACGUCUGAAUGAAAUGAUGUUAAAGCUACAAAAGAAUUUCACAGGCAGUAGUGACUUUCAAUUGGAAAAUUGCAGGAUGAAACCACAUAAGAUUUUGACUGAUCAUUUCUGUGAGUGCUGUUGGGUUCAGUGUCCUUUCUGUAAAGCAAUCUGCACAAACACAAUAAAAGACCAUACUGGAGAUCACACUGUUCCUUUUCAUCGAAAUAAUGGACUGAAUGGGUGGUAUUACAGAAACACAACAAACUUGGCUAUUAAUUUCUGCACAACAGAAGUAUCUGGUAAUAAAUUUUUUCAUCCAAAUUCCUCCGAUUAUAGUGUCCCAUGGAAAGAAUAUAGAAAAGGAGGUCCUGAAUAUGCAAACUGGAGCAUCACCCCUGACUUUUCAGAGCUGCCAUACUGGAAGUGGUUUGUGUGCAGGUUUCAGAAAGAUCUGGAGAAGUGUUACGGUAAAACAUUCCAGGGCCACGGUGAGAUUCCAGAGGAAUGGAGACAGCACACAAAAAAGGGCGCUAUAGAGAGUUUAGAUAAAUACAUGUAAUCGGGAAAACUCCUUUGCAUCCCUAUGGAUAAUAUUUUGAUGGAUAUCCUCUGAAAUGAUGGCUGAAAAGGAUUUUUGCUUUUGGAAUGUUUUUAUUUGGAUGCUUUAUUCAAUACUAAGUACACUGUAAAAGGAUACACCGUGUUAAAUGCAAUGGAAAAAUUUUGUUGAUUAAAACUCUGACAAAAAUUAAUUUUUAGAAAUUUGAGAAAAGACAUUUUAAUGAAUUUGUUCUAGUGAAAAGAUAACAAAUUGGAAUUUGAAGAUGGACUUAUUCCGACCACCUGGCAAGUUUACAGAUUUCUCUUGCAGUAACAUUUUGGAAAGAUGGCAUGGUAUCUACAAGAAGCCUUGUCUCAAGGAAGGAAGGAAACAGUGACCCUUGGCUGAUAAAAAGCCCAAUCCAAUCGAAAACCAGUGGCCUAUGGCUAUCACUGAGAAAACACUACCUAGCAAAGAUAAUCUUGUGAGGAAAGUGGACCUAAAACUAAUGAGAGAAUAUGUGCAGAAAACAUUAAUUCUCCCUAUAUCAGAAGUGGUUCUGCUUUAUUCCCCUUAAGACAUUAGUUAACCCAUAUACCCCAGGCAGGAGUGUGUCAGAUUUUUUUUUUGAUAUGUAUUUGACUAUGAAUUGAACUUCCUUUUAGUUUUCCCAUAGUUUCCUGUUUCAAGAGGAUGUAGACCAAAUUCAUCAGCGCUUUAGUUGGUUGUGCAAGGUGCAGACAUCCAGCUCCAUCUUAAUAAAUAUCAAAGCCCUUUAAAUGCAGUGUCUUUUUUAUUACUGGCCUUGCUGGUUGUUUUAAGUAAUCCAGCUUCUAAACAAUUACAACAAAUGAAGUUAUAAUUAAAGAUUUUUUUAACACUUUUUUAUUGCAUUUAUACUUAACCACAAGAAAUUAUUUUAUUUGUAAUCAUUACACAGACAUAUUGUAUAGUUAUAUGUUGUUUAAAGUUAUGUAAAGUAAAUCCUGAUUGAAUUAAAGCUUAAAGUACAUUUACAGUUAUGCAUUUGGCAGACACUUUUAUCCAAAGCAACUUACAGUUUACAGUGUACAAGGUAUACAUUUUAUCAACGUUUUCCCUGGGUUUGAACCCAUGACCUUUUGCAUUGCUAACACAAUGCUCUACCACUAAGCUUAAUAAAUUAUAUU